UUUUCCACCACCACCACCACACCAACCUUUUUCUGCUUUUUUGCCUCCCUUCCUUUCCCAAUACCCACCAAACAAAGCCCCACGUUUCUCUUCUUUCUGCUACUUGUCUCCUUCCCCCUUUUUUUUUUUCUUAAACCCUCCCAACCUUCGCUCCUUGUCUAUAAUCUGCAUCGAUCUUGGUCUUUGUUCUUGAAAAUCUCUUCUGGGUCUGAGAGAGAGUCGCAAACUACGAAGAUUUCAAUGCAGGGUGCUCCUGGUGUCGGUGCUGGUGGUGGCGGUGGAGCGGUGUCUGGAGGAGGAGGGUCUAUCACGAGUGGUGGGUCGAUGUCCACCGUGUCAAAGGAGGACAACCUUGUCUUGUCCUCCGAGGAUUCUUCUUCUUGCCCAGAUGAGUCCGAGCUUGAGCUGGGUCUUGGGUUGAGCCUUGGUGGUGCUUGCAGGACCCAACAAGGUCCACGAGGUCAAUAUGCUAGGAUUUUGACGGCCAAGGAUUUUCCUUAUCUGGGUUCUUUAACUUCAGCUUCUUCAUCUGCAUCAUCAUCAUCCUCUUCUUCUUGUUCUAAUUCUUCAUUGAGCAGAGCUAAUGUUACAGCUGGGACAAAGAGGAGUGCUGAUUCUGUCGCUGUUGCUAAUGGUGCCAGCAGUCAGGUUGUGGGAUGGCCUCCUAUAAGAGCAUAUAGAAUUAAUAGCUUGGUCAACCAAGCAAAAUUACCAGCUGCUGAAGUAUUCAACCCACUGAUUGGGAAAAGUAAAAACAGCAAUACUGUGGUUGGAAAGGGAACUGGCAAUGGCGGUGACAAGAACAAUGGUAAUGCUAAAGAAAGGGGGCAGUUAAGGAGUACUCAGUUUGUGAAAGUGAAUAUGGAUGGAAUUCCUAUUGGAAGGAAGGUUGAUCUGAGUGCACACAGUUGCUAUGAAACCUUAUCGCAAAAACUGGAGGAUAUGUUCCAGACAUCCACUACAAUAAUGAAUUCAAUACGAUCAAGCAAAGAGGAAGAUGACAUGAUGGUAGGAGCAACUAGACCAUCAAAGUUGCUGGAUGGAUCAUCUGAGUUUGUGCUUACGUAUGAAGACAAAGACGGAGACUGGAUGCUUGUUGGAGAUGUUCCUUGGGGGAUGUUUAUUAGCUCUGUGAGGAGGCUAAGAAUUAUGAGGACAUCUGAAGCUAAUGGACUUGCUCCAAGGUCAGAAGAAAGGAAUGGGAGGCAAAGAACCAACCCCAUCUAGACCUGGUUUUCGGAACUAGAAGCACACCGUAUAUGGCUUGAAAGUUAACAUACAAAAGAGAUAAAAGGAUACUGCAUAGUCAAAGCAUUUUGAAAAGUAAUGAUUGAUCCACGGCUCCUAGUUUGUUUUGGGUUGCUCUUUUUGUCAAAUAUGUAUAUUUUUUCAUUCAGUUGUUUUUGUUACUAUUGUCGUGGGAGUUCACUCCCUGCUUUUUUGGAAGCCACAGGAAUUGUAGUUUUCAGUGUCUUACUGUUAUACACAAUGCAUAGUCCAGUAAAUAUUGUUUGUUGUUGCUGAAAA